AUGUCGUCUUCAUCACAACAAGAAAGUUCCAAGAACACGGAAGAGAAAUCUGUGGGAGUGAGGGUCUUAGUUGACGACUAUGAAGAAGGUGAAGUUGGUAUGGUCCCUGUCGAGAAGAAGGGUGAUGGUGAAGUUGAGCUCGAAAAGAACUUCAGUCUGUUGACCGUCGUUGGUCUGGUGUACUCUUCGUUUGCUACACCCAUUGCUUUAGGUACCUACCUCUCGCUGGUGGUCGGAGUUGGUGGAGCUCCGUUCUUCUUUUACUCUUACCUGAUGUGCGGUGUUUUCAGUUUGCUGACGGCGUACUCUAUGGCCGAGCUGGCCUCUGUCCAUCCACAUGCGUCUGCUCUGGUCCUGUGGACCCAGCUCUUUGCUAGUCCCAAAUAUUCGAGAGUGCUUACUUACUUCACUGGUUUCAUUUCGUGUGCAUCUUGGAUCUUCGCAUCCUGCGCUGCUGCCUUCUUUCAGGCCGACUUGAUUUUGGCCAUGGCUUCGAUGUGUUUCCCUAACUACGUGAUCCAAGACUGGCACACUUACCUGGUCUUCUUGGCCGCAUCUACCUUUGCGUUGGGCUUGAAUACCUUCUCUAUGAGGGGUGUUGCAUUAUUGGCCAACUCCAUGAACUAUGUUAUCAAUGGAGGUACUAUCUUUAUCUUCGUCGCGCUGUUGGCUAGAGCAUUCCCAAAACAGCCAGCCGAGUAUGUCUUCAAGGAGGUUGUCAACGAAACUGGUUGGGGCUCAAAAGGUGUUGUGUUUUUCCUCAGUAUAACUCCAUCCGUUUCUGCUGUUGCCGUUUUUGAUGGUGCUUGUCAUUUGACCGAUGAGGUGCCAAAUCCAAAGAAGAACAUUCCUUUGGUUCUUACUUACGGUUACACUGCUGCUACUUUUAUUGGUCUGAUUUCCGUCAUUAUCUACAUGUUCUGCAUUGUGAAUCCGGAAAACCUGCUUGCUCCUGUCGGUGGCCAGCCCUUCUUCCAGCUUUUCGAAGACUCCAUGCACAGCAAGCCCUUGAGUAUUAUCUCUGCUCUGUUUGUCACCUUGACAUUUGUCGGAGGCACCAAUGCUACACUGACAUCAACAAGUCGUCUGGUGAUGGCUUUCGCCAGAUUCGGAAGUCUUCCAUAUGGCAAAGCAAUUGGUUCAGUUAACAGAAAAUUCAAGACCCCUGGCUGGGCCAUUCUAUUUGUCUAUGUGUGGAUGAUCUUGCUUGGUCUCUUGAUUUUUGCCUCUUCUGCAGCACUGAAUGCAGUUAUGGGAAGUUUUUUGACCUGUAUGUUUGUGUCUUAUUGUUUCCCAUUUAUCUCCUUGGUGCUCACGAAAGACAGAUACGGUGAAGGUGUGAAACCUCUGUUCAAUCUUGGUAAAUGGGGAAGACCAAUCAACAUCAUCUGUAUCUUUUGGUUUAUGUUUGCAUCCGGCUGGUUGUGUGUUCCUUCGUACGUGCCAGUUACUGCCAACGGAAUGAACUACACAGUUGUUGUUUUGACUGCCACCAUCGUUGUUGCAACUGUGAACUGGGUGUUUUUUGCGAGGAAACACUUCCACUUUGUUGCCGAGGUGGAUGAGUCGCAGUGGGAAUCGAAGUAA